CGCCCGUUGCAUUGUCGAGGCAGCGAAUCACCACCACUAUCACUCCCAUAACCACAACCACCACGAAGAUACCCACCGUAAUCAGCACCAUAAUCACGGCCGCGGCCACCAUCAUCACCAUCACGGAGGCGAGUUUGAAGAGCUAACCGGCGCGCAGAAAGCUGUGAUUAGGUUUUCGGAUGCGGUGAGAUGGACGAAUCUCGCCAGUCUGCCGAGGGAGGAUCACUUGCAGCUCUGUUGCUGCUCAGCGGCUAUGUUUCUCGCCGCUGCUAUUUUUCCGUACCUUGCGCCAAAAUCCGUGGGUAAGACACUAUAAAAUGCCUUGAUGAUCGUCGGUUUCCCUCUGGUUGGGGUACGGUUCAUCACUCUUUGCAGUUACUGCAUCUAUAUUUUUUUUCUUAUUUUGCGUGCUUUUCAAUUCUCCAUUGCAGAUUGAUCUUAAUUUUUCGCUAGAAACGGAAGUUUAGCAAGAAUUAGAACUGAGGAUGAGAUUGUGUGCGUCAAGUCUCGGCAUCCCUAGAUGCUCUCAUUAACAUUGCUAGCGAGAAGGUGAACAUUCAUGUGCGCUGAUGGCUCUUGCAGCCUUUGCAUCUGUUUUUAUGGGCAAUGCCUUGGAAGGAGGCUUACUUCUUGCAAUGUUCAAUCUGGCUCAUAUUGCCGAAGAGUUCUCCACAGGUCGAUCAAUGGUAGAUGUUAAAGAGUUGAAAGAGAACCAACCAGAUUCCGCCCUCGCCCUAGUUGUUAAAGAGGGAAAUCUACCUGACCUCACGCAUGUGGCCUACUCAAGUGUGCCAGUGCAUGAUAUAGAUAGAAGUGGGCUCUUUAUGUUCUAGUUGGAGAUGGUGAGGUCUGUAACAUGGGACUGGUAAUCAUGGAAGUCAACAUUAAUCAUGGCGAAAGAGAAACUAAACAUACGUUCCAGGAACAAAUCUGUUCGAUCGUGAAAUUUUUAGGCAUGUCAUUUAAACUCUUGCACUGUCUGUGCUUGCUAUAGAAGUGGCCAAAUUUAUAUUAUUUAUGGGAGACAUACGUUUUAGAUGCCUUUAUCUUGAUUGUUUCAUGAUCAGAUUAGACCUUGUUUAUAGAUUUCAUUUUUGUGAGAUGUUUUCGCCUUAGGUAUCUCUUGAUCAGGCAUUGUUCUUGUUUAUUUGUAUGUUUCUUCCGGAGUAAUAUAGCUUGGCAAUAACAUUGCCAAGUAUGGCACUCUAUUUGUUCUUCUCUGGAUGACUACUUCAGGGGUGAUUGAUCAAGCUGAACCGAGGAAAUAUAUAUUUGAUAUUCUU